CGUACCACUACAUUAUAUCACCUUAAUUGGGUGUCUUGGAUUCUCAAAAAUCUUGCUGUAAUCCAUUCACACAUGUACUUCACUAAUGGAAGAAGCCUGAAAACAAAAAAGAACAAAAUAACAGUUCUUUAAUUUAAUGGCCUCUCUUAUACCUGCUACUGCUGAUUUGCCAAAGAUCCAAACGCCAACAUCUCGUACAGUUCCUAAAGCUUUUAGCUGGUCCCCAAAUGGAUGCUCUCAUGUUAAUUUGGCUCUUAGGGAUAAAUCAAGGAGACCACUCAUGCAUGGUCUAGAGAAAGAAAUAAAUGUACAACCGAAGCAACAACCAUGGAGUCUUGCAUUGGAUUCUAUUUCAUUUGAGGUUGCUGUGCAGGCAAAUCCACCCCCAAAACAAAAGCUCGAAGAUAAGCAAAGAAAUGAUUAUUAUGUCAAUUUGGGCUCUGCUAUUCGAACACUCAGAGAAGAGCUUCCUGUGCUCUUUUCCAAGGAAUUGACCUACGACAUAUACAGAGAUGACAUAACAUUCACAGAUCCGUUGAAUUCAUUUCAUGGUAUUGAGAAUUACAAGCUUAUCUUCCGGGCAUUGCGGUUCCAUGGUCGGAUAUUUUUCAGGGCAAUUUGGGUGGACAUUGUUAGGGUUUGGCAACCCUCUGAUGGUGUUAUUCUCGUACGGUGGACUGUGAAGGGGAUCCCCAGGGUCCCUUGGGAAGCACAAGGCAGGUUUGAUGGAACAUCAAAAUAUAAAUUAGACAAGGAAGGAAAAAUCUAUGAGCACCAUGUGGACAAUCUUGCUUUCAAUUUCCCCCAAAAAUUGACAACUGCUUCAGUGCUGGAUUUGGUGAGAGCAGCUGGAUGCUCAACAAGUCCGACACCAACUUUCUUUGGAGGAUCAGGCUGCUCACUUUUGCCUGAUUUGGAAGGGACAACAUGGCUGCAGUUUUAUUGGGCAGUCAAGAAUACGCUGGAUUUAAAUGAUGCUCCCCUGAUUUAUGGAUGCUGUUGACUUUGCGGACUGUAAUGAAUGAGACUGGUGCUUGAUAUGGAAUAUACAUCUAGAAAAUCAUGCCUUUUUUGGACAGGAGGAUGAUUUAUCCCUUCAUUUAAAUUGGAUAAAGAAUACUACAUGCCUUUGACAUAGCAUACCACCAAUCAGAUUUGGCAGUGCAUGGUUGUAUAUUGUAAAAUAGUUUAUCAGUAAACAAAAAGCUGUGGAUAACAGAUAUUAGUACAAAAAUAUAGCUUGUCCUGAUUAAUUGUGUUCUUGUAAAUUAGGCAAGCUGAGGUUUAUAUCCCAGACUACAGGUUCACGAACUUAUACUUUGUGUAUUUGAAUGAGAAUUUUUCAAAAAGUAAUAAUGUUUGUGCGGAAAAUUAUGUUCUGCACUACUAGUAAGUAGUAACUAAAGCCUUAGGACCACUUGGCCUGACACAUCUUCUGUUGUAAGUUGCUCAUGUAUGUACUUUAUAUGUACUUUAGUAUAAUUAUUAUUUAGAGACUA